AUGUCUGGAAACAACAGCAUCGACGCGGUUAAGCGAAAGAUCAAAGUUUUACAGCAACAGGCAGAUGAAGCCGAAGAAAGAGCAGAAAUUCUUCAGAGGCAGGUCGAGGUGGACAAAACAUCAAGAGAACAGGUAAAAAUGAUAUUCAGGAAUCAACAUUCGUUAAGCAUUUCGACAAGAUGUGCACGUCGAUAGGCCUACAUUGUUUCGAUCUACGACGUGCGUUGAUAGUGCACUUUAAAAAGAAACAAUGUAGCCUACCACUGGGACUGGCUCGUGAUUCAUGCAUUUACACCUCCGCCCUACAUAGGAGCCUAUUGACAUGGGACUCGCCACUUCAAUAUAGGUACGACCGGAAGUUACUUUUCGUAGCAGGUUAGGACGGACAGUGGUUCCCAACAUUUUUCGGUUACUGUACCCACCCAGCCAGGGAUGGGGGAAAACAAUUACUAAAUGCUGAACAAAGAUGAAUGUAUAAAAAUAAACUAUAAACUACUUGUAUUUUGUAAUGUAUUUAAACAAAAUGCACGCAUUUUGCAUUUUAAAAUACAAAAAUACAUUUGCAAAUAGUCUCCGUGACGGGUACAAAAACGUGACUGUGAUAUGCUGUUUAGCUACGUUGAGAAAGUCCCCUGGAUAAGCAUGUCUGCUAAAUGACCAAAAUGUAUAAUUAGAAUAAUGCUUUGCAGUUGUUCACUUUUACAUAUACAUUUUAUAUUUAGUUCCUUUUUUUACAUUUUAGUAAUUCAGCAGACUCUCUUAUCCAGAGCGACACAGUUAGUGCAUUCAUCUUAAGAUAGCUAGGUGGGACAACCACAUAUUACAGGCAUAAAAAUAAAUUUUUCCUCAAUAACGUUGCUAUCAGUAGAGUCAACUAGAAGGGUGGGGGGGUGAAGUAAUUUUAUCACACCAUAGUGCUAUCAGACUUCUGAUACCAAUGCAGGUUGAAAAGGGGGACACAAUGUGAACCGCUAUAAAAAAAAUGGUAUAGAAAAGUAUUUUGAAAUUACUAAUUACUGUAUUUUGAAAAUACAAAAUAUAUUGCAGUGUAGUUCAGCCCAGUGUAAUUGAAAUUACAAAAUACUCAGAUGUAAUUAAAAUACAUAUUUUAAAUACAUGCAACAGAAAUACUGCACAUAUCUGACUCUACCACCAACAUAAUUUUGCUCUGCCCUGCGUACCCCUGAAGUAUCUCCCCAUGUGCAUUUUACCAGUAGGCCUAUGGGCUUAUCACUAGGUUAGGAGAGCAUUUUCGCUAACCUUAACCUAAUUCUCCUAACCUGCUACGAAAAAGUCAUUUCCAGUCGUAUCUGUAUCGAAGUGGCGUGUUUUUAGGGAAUCUCCUAUUGACAUUGACACCUAUCAAAUGGGUUGUGUAUGAUUGAAUAGUGUUACGAAGGAAUUGUCUCCGUGAGAAAAUACGCACAACCAAAAGACUGAAAUUGAAGUCAUUGUGGGAGUUCGGUGAAGCUAGACUGGGGUGCACACCGGGCUUAUAUUGAUGCGAAAGCGAUGAAGUGAAAAGAGGAGUGCCCUGCUCAAAUUUAACUGUAAAUGCUUAAAGUAACUGUCCAGUGUUUGCAGAUUUCUAUGAAAUAUGACCUAUAAUUAAUUACAAUAUGAGUGAAAUAAAGCAGCUUUUCUGUGUUGGAAUGGUGUGGGCAUAUACCGGUUGUUCAAAAAUAUUGUGAGUAGACUGCUGAUUGGCCAGCUCAUGAUGACAUCAACCUCUGUGUCUGAGGAAAUAGAAAGCAUUUUUUUUAAAACAGUAUUUUUGUGAUACAAGUUUGAGGUAGGGUUUUUGAAGGUUUUUUUUUCUCCAAUUUAUGCUUUGGCCACAUGAGUAUAGGAUGAGUCAACAACAUUAUUUGGGUGUGAGUUAACGGAAUAUUAACUUUUAAAAGUGAGAUUUUCACUGGACAGGUACUUUAAGCCAAAGAUACUGGGGGGGAAUUGAUUAAUGCCCAGGGUGAACCGGGCUAGUGUUGAUUGUUUUGGAAUCCGGCUGCCUCCUGGACAUGAGCCAAGUCCCGUUUUGGCUGAUGGCAAAGUCUGCUCAAAACAAAAGUGAAGUCAUUAAGCACUUGUAGUAAUGAGUAGGAUUCUGUGUUUUCACAUGCAAAAGUGAUUGCUUUUGAUAAAAACGCUUUACCUGCCUCCCCAAUGAAAACUAGUUUGAAAAUUCUAACAUUUAUUUUAUGGAAAAGAGAUGUAUGUUUCUGGAGGAUGCACCAUGCUGCCUUGUUGACAUCACCAUUACUGUUUUAUUUUCGAAGAGCGCUCAUCCUUCCACGCUUUCGCCCGAUGACGUGAUGGGCCAUUGCCCGAUUCAUCCUGGGCUAGCGUAAUAGAACUCCCUCACUGACAGCUGUAGAAGCAAUGGAUUGUGGUCAUUGUAGUUCAUUAUCAUGUUUUUUUUGCUUUACUAAUAUAAAGAAUGGUCAGUUGAAAACUACACCUUCCUACAAUGUCCCACAGUUCAUGCUUGAUAAAGAAACGGUGUAUGAGCUCACAAAGUAAACAAACUAAAUUGAAUAAAAAUAAUUGAACUGAUGUCGGUCAAUUAGUUAUUUAAAAAAACAAAAAUUAAACGGAAUUUCAGCUAAUCUCUCAGCACUAUUUCAACUGAUUGCAAUGAACGUUCUUCUGUACCAUUGAGAAGGAAAUUGUGACGCCAUGCAUUCCACCACCUCGCAUUACACAGAAAGCAUGGUAGGCGUGCAGCUAUAGAGUAGAGGGAUGCCUUUAGCUUGACAUGGCUAGUCGGUGCAAGAUUCGGUAAUUUAGCCACUGUAGGCUACUUCUUCGUUUCACAUGUGUCAAUGUUUCCGUCUCUCCCCUCUUUCUCUCGUUUGUCCAUCUAUGGCCAUCUCUCUUUUCUCCUGUCAUCUGCCUUUUCUCCUGUGUCUGUAUACCUGGGUACACUGGCACAUUUUUAUAGCCAGUCUAGAGACCUCUAUUCAAUGAAGGUUAACCAUGAAAACUAACAAGCAAUUGGUAGGAUAACAUUUAUGCAGAUUGUCUUUUCCCCCACAAUAUAUUUUCAUUGGAGAAUACAAAGUAACAGAUAUUGUAUGGUUGCAAUGUUGUGCUACACUGAACAUGACCCAUGUACUGGAUGGAUGCGUGUGUUGAGAAAAUCAAGGUGAAUUAAUGAAUGGCCAUCUGACUGGAACAUUGUCUAGCCUCACAUUGGUGGACGAGGUGUGAUGUGAUUCAAUGUUAAGUGCUUUGAGCACUAGAAAAAUCACUAAAUAACUCCUAUAUAUCAUGGCAUAUACAGUACAUAAUUGUUUGUACGUUCUAAGCAGGGUUGGGGUCAAUUCCAUUUCAAUUUGGGAAGUGUACUGACAUUUACCCUAACUCCUUCUCUCUCCACCCCCCCAAUACAGGCUGAGGCUGAGGUUGCUUCCUUGAACCGGCGUAUCCAGCUGGUUGAGGAGGAGUUGGACAGGGCCCAGGAGCGACUGGCCACUGCUCUGCAGAAACUGGAGGAGGCCGAGAAGGCUGCGGACGAAAGUGAGAGGUCAGUGGGACACACCCACAGUGCACAUUAUCAAAAAUGGAAAAGCGGCCCACACACUGUAAUGCUCCAAACACCACUGUUUAAAGAGAUACUUCCCCAGAAUCAGAUUAACUUGUGGAGACCAUUUUAUGUCUGUCCAGUAUGAAGGAAGUUAGAGGUAGUUUCACAAGCCAAUGCUAACUAGCGUUAGCACAAUGACUGGAAGUCUAUGGGUAUCUGCUAGCAUUCUACAACAUGCAUUUAAUCUUGCCCACAUUAAGCACAACCAGGGCUUUCUGUAAGGCAACAAAGUCCAAUUGUAGCUCUAACAUAGCCUGGUCAACUGUUGGCAAUGGCUUACAUAAGUGUUGUCUGCAUACACUUACAUACACUUGUACAUGUGUGAAAUAGGACAAAUAUAAGCACCCACCAAAUUUCAUUGAUGAAACAUUCAAUAUCUAGUUUUCUGUUCCCAAAACUAUAACCUGUUACGAACAGAGUGCACUAAGUAAAAAAAACACACACACACAUUAUAACCAGCGCAAGGGCGAAUUGAGUUAUCACACACGUGCACUUCAGACUAGGCGUUCCCUAACGGAAAUAUGAGAAUAUAUGCUAAAACGCGCCAAUAGGAUCUCACUAGCUCUUGCUCUUCCCACCUUCUUGCUUGUUCUGCCCACUGUGCUUCAUUUGCUCUCAUUGUAAAUGACGCCGACGAUAAAUCUUAGGUUAGUUACCAGUAUCUUUGACAAUUGUGUGUGUUUGGUCUCACUAUCUCUGCACAUGAGUCAUUAUUGGCCCAGCCAAUAAUGUUAAUAGAUUGGAUGUGUGUGUUUUCUUUGACGAACCGUUGAGUUUCUCCCUCCAUUGUCCCUCCCAAACUGUGUGAAAUGUAGUGUCACAUGCUGCUGACAGUGUGCAAUAUUAAGAGUGUGUGUUUAGUUUGACAAAUAUCCAAAGUCUAAUAUCGAGUAUUGGCGUAUUACCACAAAAUGGUAGGCUGUCACGAUAGGAUACGUAUGUGAGUUGGAAUACCACAUGAAUCCCUACAUGAUACAGGGUCGUCCAGGGUAGGGGAGGGAAUGGCCGGCAGGGAUGUAGCUCAGUUGAUAGAGCAUGGCGUUUGCAACGGCAGGGUUGUGGGUUCGAUUCCCACGGGGGGCCAGUAUUAAAAAAAUAAAUAAAUGUAUUCACUAACUGUAAGUCGCUCUGGAUAAGAGCGUCUGCUAAAUGACUAAAAUGUAAAAAUGUAAUACAAUACGUCUAACGUGUGUGUGUGUGUGUUUGUUCCAGGGGCAUGAAGGUGAUUGAGAACCGGGCCCUGAAGGAUGAGGAGAAGAUGGAGCUACAGGAGAUCCAGCUGAAAGAGGCCAAGCACAUUGCUGAGGAGGCUGACCGCAAGUACGAGGAGGUGAGGAUAUCACACACCCACACAGCAGAGUUCUCCUCAGAAUGAACAGAAUUGCGUGCUGUGCCUGAACUAGCCUCGGAUAGUGGAGCAACAUUUCUGAGGAAAGGUAAUGUUAGGUAAUACAAUACGCGUGUGAAAAUUGGUACGAUCAUGUACACACACACACACAAAAUGCGGCUUCAGUACUACUUCAUAUGCACACACAUGGACACAAUGAGGAAAAGUCCUCAACAUCGAGACACAGAAGUGGAUGAGGUCAUCAUCACAUACUUUUCCUCUCACGCAAGGCUGUAAGCUCACUAGUACAGUUUUGGCCUAUAUAUCCACUAUUUAUAUCCACAAUGUGCGUCUCUCCCCACACAUACACACUUCACCUGUACACCAUCUGCGCCAAUCUUGCGAGCAAUUGUUUCCAUAUGCAACUGGCAGUAAAUAAUCCUAUGUGUGUCUACAGGUGGCUCGUAAACUGCUGAUCAUCGAGGGGGAUCACGAGCGCACAGAGGAGAGGGCAGAGCUUGCUGAGGCGUGAGUGGCCACAUGAUUGAACGCACAAUAGUAACACACACGUUAACGUACCACCAGUGUAGUUCUGCGUAUACAACACCUGUUCCACACGGCCAAAGAUUAUUCUGUCAAAUGAUUUAGUUAUACUGACGUUUUCCCUCUAAGCAAUGUACACACACCUACUACACAGAAUACUGUGUAACAUUUAACAUGUACAGCAUUGUAGCGCUGUUGUCCUAAACAUACUGUUGUCACACAACUACUAUUUGGUGCCGAUCAGUCCAGCGGUUCUGGAGAAGACAUUUAAAGUAGUCAACAUUAUUACAAAUUGUCCAAAAUACAUAAAGGUUAGUGCAUGACCUAUUUGAUGUUGAGUUCUGAUGUCCUUAGCAUGGUAAGGAGUACAGAAGUAGCAAAUCAUAUACUGAUCUGGCCAAUUUGUCCUAUUGGUGGCGCUGUGGGGCCAUAGCUUGAACCACGCCAUGGCUGCUUGAAGCUAUUUAAAUAAAAAUACUGCUUAGUUUGCACUUUUGGGACUACUCCAUUGGUUCCAUUGUAUCAGACCAACAAAAUCAAGCGCAUCUCAAGUUUUUAAAAGCAUUUGAUCCGGUUCUGCAUUAUCUCGGUCCCACUACCGGUAUCAUCCCAAACCAGCCCCAUCCUCAUGUUCCCACGGCGAUGAGAAUAAACUAGUGUUUGCAUAACAAUGGUUCUGUAUCCUAAUGAAAAAAUACCCUCCUCCCUCUGUACAUCUCUGUGCAUGUUUCUGGGGGUCCGACCUAAAUACCACGCAUGACCCCCCCACCCUCCAUACACCCCCGCUCCGCAUGUUUAUGCGUGAAUCCGCCCCUUCCCUGCACUAACAGCAAAGCCAGGGCCCUGGAGGAGGAGUUGAGAGGUUUCGACCAAUCGCUGAAGUCCCUGCAGGCCUCUGAAGACCAGGUAGAGUGUGCGUUUGUAUGUGUCUGUGGCGUGAAUAUGUAUGUGUGUGGUGCAAAUGCCUAUACUUCAGUGUGUGUAUGCUAAAAAGGAGGGUGUAGGGUGUCCACCCACUCAGCCCAGAGUGGGUGAGAACACACUUUGGUGAUCAAACUUCAAUUCCUAAUGUUAUAAAUUACAUUUUUCCAAGACAUUUGAAUAUUCAUGUUCUGAAUCGUUUAGUGGGGUCUUUCUCUAACAUAACAUUAACGUUAUAUCCAAAAGUCAGAUUUCUUAACCUAAUACAUCUGAUAAUAAGCACCGAGCUCUGUUUACAUAGCGUGCAGGUUUCUCAUAACUUUUGAGGAUUCUACAUUUUGUGGUUGAUGUCUUCAAAGUUGUUUCCGUAGGUCACAAAAAGCUAAACUAGCAUGAAUGAGCUGAAUUAAAUGUAAACAAUCUUUGAAAAUAAAAAUCUUGGUAUAUACUCAGUGCUCCGUUGACAUUUCACAGAGAUAUGCUUGUUUUUGUGAGAAAUCUUCAAAAAAGAACAGGAAUUUUGAAUUAAUAUGAAAAGCGUGUACUAAAAUAUGUCAUGUCUCACUCUAUAUCCAUCUUACCUCUAUUGUUUUAUAUCCUGCGGAUUCAAGAAGGGUGACGAGCUCAACGGGAAAGUGAGCCUGUCAGGUAGUUAGUAGCCUUAAUUAUUGCACAGAAUCCAGCAUAGCUGAUGCAAUGCUAUUUUCCUUAAUUUCUUUUUUCCUCUGGCCUCCAUUUAUUUAGUCACCCUAAUUCUGGCCAUCCUACAAGGGUAAAAACUCAAAUAACUUAUGAUAGACAUGAGAUUUGGACCAUUGGUUUUCUUAGAGGAUUAUCUACACAAUUAACAUGAAUUUACCCAUUGGUCGAAAGAUGUUUUGAUUGGACACCCUACUGUGUAUGUGUGUUUGGUGAAUAUGCCUAUACUUCAGGGUGUGUAAGAGAUGAAUAAGUGUAUGGGAGUGUGUUCAUGCUCAACUGACUAGAUGUGCUUUAGUGUAAUCUACCAUUGGUAGAACAUCAGGCUUGAGAUUUAUGGAUAGUGUAGGAACCAUUUAUAGUUAAAGAUCUCAUUAUGUGGACAGGGAAAGUAUUUUCUGUGUGUGAGUGAGGAGGAGAAAGACGUAAUCAGACUUGUGGCCUCAAGACAAACGGGUGGUCCUCUUUGGAUGACUCCAGGACCUGCCGACUCCAUCCUCUCCUUCUCUUUCCGUAUCUUGUCAGUAUCUGCCUCGAGUCUCUGCUUGCCUCCCUUUCCCUUCCCUACUCCUUUCUCAACCUGUGUUUGCAUGAAUUCCAGUGUGCAUUGUUAAGGAAGUGACAUCCUACUGCUCUAAAGUCGAUGGGAGAGUUCAUGGUCAUGUUUAGUAGGAUUGAAACUGGGUGAAAUGGGAGAGGCUAUCUUGACUCAUCCAGUAAGAAACACUUUAGUUUUUUGUUGCAAAACGUUUUGCUAUGGUGUGCCCUACUGAACACAACUCAGAAUUGACUAAUGAGAACUCGAGCAUGCACUACCCUUAUAAGGACAUCUCCAGCCUAAAGCAUGCCAUUCUAAUGACCAUGAACAUUACUCGUAUAGCUUGUCUUUCAUUAGGGAUGUUGCUUAAACUGAUUUCCUGUUGUGACAUGUGGGCUCACUUUAACACAGAGAUAUGGUAGUGUCAAGGAUCUGUAACCGCCGCGGUCUGUGGUUAGCCUCAUGCCUUUUCUCUGCCGUUUCUCAGUCAUAAGGCACUCAUUCUUCGUGUUCCCUAACUAUCUCUUCCACGCUCCCAACUCUAUUUCAGUCAUCUCUCACCAUCAAUUAUCUUAAACCGUAUUGCCAAUGUUUUCACACUGCUGCUCUUUCCUUCCUCUUCACUGCUCCACCCUCCUCGCCAUCUCUCCUUCUCCUUCUCUUGAAACGAAAACUCAAUGGCGACCUCCCCUCAAAUCCAGUAAAUGUGCUGAACUGGAGGAGGAGCUGAAAAACGUCACCAAUAACCUUAAGUCCCUGGAGGCCCAGGCAGAGAAGGUAGUGUGUCUGUGUAUGUGUGUGUUGGUAUUUUACCUGGUUGUGUGAACCUCAGAUUAAACCAGCAUGUUGCCUGUGUGUGGGCAUGUUCUUUUGUGACUGUAUACAUCUGAGGAAGCGAUUUAGUAAGUACUGUGUUGACAAAUGUCUUUGCACGUGGUGCAGUUGAUAUAUACUGUACCUGUUUAUCUGUGUGAGCAGCAUGUGUAUUUGAGUGCAGCUGCUGUAUUCACCCUACACCAAAAGUUCUGUAUUGACUCUGCCUUGAACAUUGGCAGUGUGUACUCCCUGUAAAGAUACCUCAGGCAAUUACCCUUGGGUUAAUUGGUCUGUGUAGUUAAUUGCCCUUUGGCAUUUAGCCCCAUUCCAGUCUUGAAUACCCCCUACCUCUCCAAGACACCCAUUCUUGUCAUCAGUGCCCUUUACAGCCUAUGUUUAUAAUUUCUAGAAAGGUCACACUUGCAUGAGGCAUUGAGUUAAUUUAAUCUCCAUAUUUCUGAUUGGACCAAAGGCCUGCAUGGACAAACACCCCCAUACUAAGUUCAGGGUUUGGUCUAGUCUAAUUUAACAUAUAGAUAAAACAAUGUUACUCUUACGUUGAAGAGGCAAUGGGGCCAUAAUGAAUUGUUCCUUUGCACCCCUUUUGUAAUCGUUAUCCUCCAAUGACCCAGCAGUGGAAUACAAAUUAACACUUCUUCCAGGUCUGUGUUCAUUAGGCACCAAACAGAAGAAAAUACUAAAACAGGAGAGACUACCGGGACUCAUUUUCUGUUGCAAAACAUUUUGAAGUUUUCCAUUGUGUGACCUAAUGAACACAAUCCAGGUUUAUGAUCGUUCCCUCUACAUUCCUGCAUAUGCAAGUCCAGAUGUGCUCAGAGCAGAUGCUCAGUAAACAUCCCUAUAAGUAAAGUUGUUUCAGUGGAAUAAUGGUUAGAUAAGUGGUCCAUCUUUUAUGGACUGUAGUGUUCUGGUAUUUCUCUUAUGUUUUACCAGUGACUGAUUUAGACCUGGGAAACCAGUGGCCUGUCCUAUGGGGGAAAAUAUUUGGAACUUUGGCAAUAGAAAUGUUUGGCAUAGGAAUGCUUCAAAUUACUGUAUCGUGGAUUUUUUUGCCUUAUCCAGUUUUUUUUACACAAUGUCCCGAACGUAUCACUACACGAUAUUCAUCAGGUGUUUUUUUUCUUCUAGCCAAUCAGUGAUGAUUGGGCAAUCGAGACAUUGCAGUCCAACCGUGAAUUGCAACCCAGAAUUGCUAUCUCAGCAAGCAAGUCACACAUGCACUGUUCAUUUCAUAGGGGUUGUCCUUGAUAUUAAUCUAACUAUUGAACUAAUUUGGCAUGCAUUAUAAUGGCAUGUUGAGAGUCCUUCUAUUUCAGCAUCGAUGAACUGGUCUUUGACAUGAGAUUGAUGAGGUGAUGUCAGUUACUUUGUUUUUGUGUGUGUGUGCUCUGCUUUAAACUGACAAUCCUCUUUUCUAUUACAGUACUCCCAGAAGGAGGACAAGUAUGAGGAAGAGAUCAAGAUCCUGACCGACAAGCUCAAAGAGGUAAGUGGAUAACCUGUAGAGCAGGGAUUAUCACUAGAUUCACAUGCGGGCCAGUAUUAUUAUUAUUAUUAUUAUUAUUAUUAUUAUUAUUAUUAUUAUUAUUAUUAUUCUAAUUAUUCUAAUUAUUAUGACUUAUUAUUGAAUGGUCAGCGGGCCGGAACAUAAUUACAAAUAAUUAGUAUACUGAAAAUUGACCGCAAGAAGCCCAAACAGAUAUAAUACUUGACUAAAAUAAUAUCAAACCUUGCUUACAUUUGUAUACGAUCACAUACUGUAUCUCUCUCUAUACGUGGGAAUACUUUGGAACAGAUUACAAAAAUAAAAAUCACUUGGCACUGAUUUGCUGGUGUUUUUACAGUCUUAUGUCCAACAUUAAAAUACAAUCUUGGCACGCGGGUCGCCAGUUGGGGAACACUGACGUAGAGAAUGGGAAAAAGCCUCUUUAAUUCGGUAUAAUUAUAUAAGAUAUAAUUGCAGAUUGUUGACACUUUCACAAGCGAAAUUCAGGGAAGGCCAUCUAAGUUCAUGCUUUGUCGGUCUAUGACGUCUGUAUUGACAUGUCCCUGAAAUGUCCCCUUGUAGUAUCUAGUGUGGCGUCUCGGGGCGAUAUAAAAUAAAAAUCAUAAUGUUCGACGUUUCCUCAAAGAGAUUUGUGGGAUAGUAAUUAAUGGCUCGGAGGUGUUUUUUUUGUUUUCGAUCUGUUAUUUGUCUGGAUGUCUCUUGUUGUUUUUCUUUGUUGAUUUGUUUGUAGUUUGUCUUGCUCAUUGCAUUUGUGUGGUCUAGUCACCUUUUUGUUUAUUCAUAAAGUGAUGUUAGUUUGGUUCAAUUCCAUUUGUAGCCUCUCCAAGUUAACAUAUUUAUUAGUCUGUCGUCUAGUAUCUUCAUUGAUUGAUUGAAUGCUUUGUUUUGACUCUUCUUAGGCUGAGACUCGUGCUGAGUUUGCUGAGAGGUCUGUGGCCAAGCUGGAAAAGACCAUCGAUGAUCUGGAAGGUAGGAUCCAGCUGCUUUGCCUUAAAAAUCCCAAUGCACUGUCUACAGGAAAGGUCCUGUUCUAGCUUAAUCGCACUAUUAUUUUAGCAUACAUCAUCACUUUCCCUUUGGCUGCUAUUUAAUUCCCUCACUCUCUCCUUUUCUUUCUUUAUACACAUCUUCCUAUUUAUUUAUUUAUUUAUCCCUUCACUCUUUGGCCUCUCUGAACAGAUGAGCUAUAUGCACAGAAACUGAAGUACAAGGCCAUUAGCGAGGAGUUGGACCACGCCCUCAAUGACAUGACCUCC